AUGAAAUUCAAACCAACCGCUCUGUUAGCCGGCUUCUUAGCCCUAACAACAACCGUCGCUACGCCUACAAAGGUUAUCCGUCAGCCAACCUUGAUUCAACGCGAUGCCGCUGCAAUCGUUAGUAAGGUCGCCGAUAUCAACACUCAGAUCCUCGCUCUGGGCUCCGACAUCGCCGCAUACUCCGGCGGCGACACCUCCGCAAUCGAGGAGACGUCAAACCUACUCGUCACUGCUAUCAACGAGGGCACGGACAUCGUCCUCGCCAGUGAGACUCUCACAAACACCGAAGCCUUGGACCUCGUCACCCCGAUCCUAGAUCUGACCAGCAAUGUGGACACGACAAUUUCGGCGCUCAUUGCUAAGAAAGAUCUUGUUGUUGCUGCCGGCUCGGGACCAAGCGUCUAUGCGCAGCUGACGGCGCAGUUGACUGCUGCCAAUGCAUUUGCAGAGGCUUUGAGCAGCAAGGUUCCCGCUGCGCUGGAGGAUGUUGCUAACGAGCUCUCGGCGGGUAUUCGGACGAGCAUCCAGAGGGGCAUUGAUGCUUAUGCGGAUGUGGCGAACCCUACGUCUACGAGUACUUCAACCACGGCCACCUCCACUAGCACGUCGACUACUGAGACAUCCUCGACCACUGAAACCACCUCCACCAGCGAGACCACGUCGACCACCGAAACUACGCAGACCACCACCCACACCAGCACGACGACGGACACCACAAGCACAACUGAAACCACAACCACUCCCCCUACUAGCACCUCGACUACGUCUGAGCCCUGCGAAACGGAUACUGAGACCCCUCCUCCGUCGUCUACCACUACUCCUUGCGAGACCGAGACCCCUGAGCCAACCACUACUCCUUGUGAGACCGAGCCUCCAGAGCCAACCACUACUCCUUGUGAGACCGAGACCCCCGAGCCCACCAGCACCCCAUGCGAGACCGAAACCCCCGAGCCGACAAGUACUCCAUGCGAUACCGAGACCCCGGAGCCAACUAGCACUCCAUGCGAGACUGAGACCCCGGAGCCAACUAGCACUCCAUGCGAGACUGAGACCCCGGAGCCAACUAGCACUCCAUGUGAGACCGAAACUCCCGAAACUCCCGAGCCCACGAAGACGCAUACAUCAACGACCGAUGAGCCUGAGCCAACGAAGACGCAUACGUCAACGACUGAUGAACCUGAGCCAACCAUGACACAUACGUCGACUGCUGAUCAGCCCGAGCCCACAAAGACACAUACGUCGACUACUGAUGAGCCCGAGCACACGAAGACACAUACCUCAACUAGCGAUGAGCCCGAGCCAACCAAGACCGAGACAUCCGAAACCGAACCACCCGGUCACGAACACACAAAGCCUCCAACCUUAGAACCAACCGACUCCAGCUCCACAACCCUUAUUCCCACGACCUCACCAACCGGAGUCUCCCCAGCACCCACCGGUGGAGACUCAGGUGAGCCUGAGCCCGAGUCCCCCACCGAGACCGACACAAGCCCUGAGUCUCCAGAACCUACUGGCGGAGACUCUGACGAGACCGAGCCUGAACCCGGAUCUGAGGUUCCUACCACUACCAGUACGAGCCCCGACGCCCCGGAGUUCACUGGUGCCGCGGCCACGAACGCGCUCAGAUCUUCCCUUCUCGGCGCGAUGGUCCUCGGUGGUGUGAUUAUGGUUAUCUAA